AUUCAGCAACCAAACCAACCAAGUUUUGGUUAAUCUCCUUCCCCCAUCCAUGGCUUCCACUAAGCUUCUACUCACUGACCUUGCGACCACCAUCAACCAUGUCCCUGCUCAUUACAUUCGUCCGAUCCUCGACCGUCCAAACCUUACAGAAGUCCACACAUCGGACGGCUCCUCCAUCCCUCUCAUUGACCUCCAUGGCCUUGGCAACCCUUCACAACGUUGUCAUAUCAUCAACCAGAUUGGUCUGGCUUGCCAAACCGACGGUUUCUUCCAAAUCAAGAACCAUGGAAUACCCAAUUCAAUGAUUGAUAGGAUGCUGAGUUUAGGAAGAGAUUUCUUCCAGUUACCAGAGAGUGAGAGGUUGAAGAAUUACUCAGAUGAUCCCACCAAGACCACAAGGUUGUCUACAAGUUUUAAUGUCAAAACAGAGAAGGUCUCUAACUGGAGAGACUUCUUGAGACUCCAUUGCUACCCAAUUCAAGAUUACGUUCAAGAAUGGCCCACUAAUCCCCCUUCUUUCAGGAAAGAUGUGGCAGAAUACUGCACAAGUGUUAGAGAGUUAGUGUUGAGACUGCUUGAGCUUAUAUCAGAAAGUUUAGGCCUUGAGAGGGAUUACAUAGACAAGACAUUAAGCAGGCAUGGACAACACAUGGCUUUCAACUACUAUCCACCAUGCCCACAGCCAGAGCUCACUUAUGGACUCCCUGGUCACACUGAUCCAAAUCUAAUCACAAUUCUUCUUCAAGAUGAUGUGCCAGGAUUGCAGGUUUUGAGAAAUGGCAACUGGGUUGCUGUCAAUCCUACUCCUUACACCUUCAUUGUCAAUAUUGGGGAUCAAAUGCAGGUGAUGAGCAAUGAUCGAUACAAGAGCGUGCUUCAUCGCGCGGUGGUAAACUGCGACAAGGAGAGAAUGUCAAUCCCAACAUUCUACUGUCCAUCCCCUGAUGCUGUUAUCGGUCCGGCGAAGGACUUGGUCGACGAGGAUCAUCCAGCUGUGUACAGAGAUUUCACAUAUGGAGAGUUCUAUGAGAAGUUUUGGAACAAACAAUUAGCUACUGAAUGCUGCUUGGACGUGUUCAAAACUUCUGCUGUUUGAAUAUAUGGAUUGCUUAUCUGUUCCUUCCAUUGAUCUGUCCAUAAAAUUUUCUCUGUGGACUAAAAUAACAUGUCAUUCUCAUUUUAACAGCAUAAUAUAGCUGUGUUUGACAAUAA